AUGAAGCGUUUGACAACAACAUAUGACAUUGAAGUCUGUGAGCAGAAGUUGGCCCCCAAGAACUUGGUUCUGAGCGUAGUGUACAAUUGGAUCAACAGCAAUCGACGAGACAGCCCCGUGUGGCAGCGAGGACUCCUCAAAGUCGGUGGGGCACAAAAGCUCUUGGAGAUCUGGCAGGAUGAGACGGCAGACUCACAGGAUGAUGGCGAGGAGUACCCUUGCCGAUACUGGGUGCUGGCCAUCGUGGGCAGAAUGAUGGGCACACAGCAAGAGUCGCGAGUCCACUUGAUCAGUGAGGGUCUGGUCAGCGUCAUCCUCGAGGGGACACGGCACCACAAUGACGACAUCCGAGAGUGUGCUGUGUGUGCCUUGAAGGGCCUGAUUCAGCAUCCCGAGGGCCGCGAGGUCGUGACCUACAAGACUCUGAUUGAGUGCCUCGCCCGCUGA